AUGAUGUUUGUUCUUGUAAUAAGUCUUUUUUCUGUUACUCUGACAAUACUGGCUUUCCCUAAUGAUGGAACCUUAGUUCAUACUGAAAGAGGGAUAAUUCGGGGGCAUAUUCUCAAAAGUGAAAAGGGAAACGACUAUUACGCUUUCCAGGAAAUCCCGUAUGCUGCUCCCCCAAUUGGAGAAAAUAGAUUUCAACUUCCCAAACCUCCAAAAGCUUGGUGUGGAAUCUUAAAUACAACCAGAAAUACCAAAAUUUGCUACCAGACUUUUGUUAGGUACAGUAACUUAGAAAUUAGCGAAGACUGUCUAUAUAUAAACGUAUACACUCCUCAAAAACCUGGAUCUGCUCAUCUUCUACCCGUGCUACUCUGGAUACAUGGGGGAGCUUUCCGAAACGAAUCCAGUACUUAUGAGUACUUCGGUCCGCAGUACAUUAUGGAUCAUGGUGUUGUUGCGGUUACUUUCAACUACAGAUUGGGACCAUUUGGAUGGGUGGGUACAGAGGACGGCGUGAUUCCAGUUAAUCUCGGUUUAAAAGACCAGCGAUUUGCUAUAGAAUGGGUCCACAGAAAUAUUCAUCUCUUCGGUGGAAAUCCAAAGCAUGUUGUGUUGGACGGUGAAAGUGCUGGAUCGAUAGCUAUAGGGUAUCACUUAAUGGGACCAUGGGAGGAAGGAAAACAGCUCUUCCACGGAGCUAUCAUGCAAAGCGGAACACCAAUUGCCGGACUAUUACUACAAGAUUUAGACAUUACAACAGCAACUGCCUUGCAAUUGGGUCGAAGAGUAGAUCCAUCGUUUGCGUCCAACGAUACUAAGGAACUUCUUGAACUACUUCAGAACGCUGAUGCCCAUGAUAUUAUUUACUCUGGUAUAUCUGGCGGCGUUACCAUAGAAGAGUGCGGUCCAUUUUCCUACCAAGCCUUUCAAGCGUUUUUGGACGAAAACUACAAAAAAGUUCCUGUUUUAAUUGGAAUUAAUUCAGAAGAAUGGGGCGCCCUAGCUUUAGAUACCAGUGAACAAUAUUUAGAAGAAUUAGAUAACAAUCCUAGUGAACUGGUCUUUCCAAGGCUUAAUGUAUCUCCAGAAAACAGACCAAUAGCUGGAGAAUUGUUAAAAGAAUUAUAUACACACAAUACAACCUUUGCUGGAAAUUUGGGGUAUUUCAUAAGGUUUGAAAGUGACCAGUUGUUCACCACAGCAACAUGCAAACAAGUUGAAUUAGCAUCUACGGUAGUUCCGUAUUACCUGUACCAGUUUUCUUUCAAAGGAUAUUUAGGAGAAAAUAUGCACAUACUACCAAGGUUGCCACCAGGUUGUGAGAAGGUUGUUCAUGCUGAAGAAUUUCACUAUAUGUGGGAUGAUGGCAAUAACACUGACCUAAGUAAAUUCGCUGAACCAGAGCGUUUAAUGUUACAUCAAUUCGUCGUUAUGUGGACAAAUUUCGUUAAAUAUUUUAAUCCCACACCUGUACAGGAUCCUUUGUUAUAUAAUUUCACCUGGUUACCUUCGGAGCCCGAAACUCUUCGAUAUAUAAACAUCAACACAACAUUUGAAAUGCGUGAACAGCCAAGACAAUAUCCUCAAGUAAAGCAGAUAUUAGAAAAAUAUAUGGAACCACCUUACAAUGUAUUUUCAUAAAAAUUCAUAAAUAAUUACUAUAUUAAAAUCUUUUAUAUUAAGUUUUCCUUAUUUUAAGUGUAUGAUAAAAGAUAAUAAAAUGUUUUAUAU